AUGUAAAGUCGAUAAAGAUAAAUUGGAGUUUGAAAAUUCAAAACCUAACCAAAAAUCUGGCACUUGUGAUGCAUGUCAAGUUCAAUCAAAGCAAUAUAGAGAAAAUAUUAAAUUAUUGAACAAGAAUGAAAUACUGAAUGAAAUAUUGGAUCCAAAUAAUCUUGCAGACUAUAUUCAUGAGCUUUUUGAUUCGUAUAUAAUAGAAAAUAAUGAAGAAAAUAAUUAA